UUUCUCGUCAAAGUGGCAACCAAACCUUAUCUCAUCUCCUGAUUUCUGUCUUUCGACUCUUGUUCAUCGUUUUCUUUCUCUAACGACGACAGUCUUACCAUGGCACAAGCUCAGAUUCCUACCUUUAAGCUGGUCCUUGUCGGUGAUGGUGGUACCGGCAAGACCACGUUCGUGAAGCGCCAUCUCACUGGUGAAUUCGAAAAGAAGUACAUCGCCACUCUCGGUGUCGAAGUCCACCCACUUUCCUUUUCCACAAAUUUCGGCACGAUCUGUUUCAAUGUCUGGGAUACUGCUGGACAGGAAAAGUUUGGUGGUCUUCGUGAUGGAUAUUACAUCCAGGGCCAGUGUGGCAUUAUCAUGUUCGAUGUCACUUCCAGAAUCACCUAUAAGAAUGUGCCAAAUUGGCACCGCGAUCUUGAGCGUGUUUGCGAGAACAUUCCCAUUGUAUUGUGCGGAAACAAGGUUGAUGUCAAGGAGCGCAAAGUGAAGACAGGCGCUGUCACAUUUAACCGCAAAAAGAACCUGCCUUACUUUGAAAUCUCCGCCAAAUCAAACUACAACUUCGAGAAACCGUUCCUGUGGCUUGCAAGGAAGCUGGUUGGUAACCAUGACCUAGAUUUCGUAGCGGCCCCUGCCCUGGCCCCGGCCGAGGCUCACGUUGACCCUGAGUUGAUGAAACAAUACGAGGAAGAGUUGAAGAAGGCGGAGGCUGUCCCGCUUCCGGAAGAGGACGAUGAACUGUAAUCUCGUGAUUCAUCAUAUACUUACGCUUUGAUACGACCGUUUCAUCCCAUAUUGUGGUUUUCAUAUUAAAUCUCUCAUGGAUCAGCCACCAAUCCAAUCGAUACAUUCUUUCUUACUCUUUUUCCUGCUUAGCGCAAAUGCAAUUACCCACAUUCAUGAAACGUUUUCGGACCGCACACACGGUUACUUCUCCUGCAAGUUGUGGCAAUAGAACUUGUAGCUGACUGUUCGGAAUACAGUUGCGAUCAUGCCCCGUU